UCUCUACUGCCCACUGCUGCUCUGUCACUGCGGUGAUCAGCUUGCCGGACGUCGGUGUUGGACUCUUUUCUUUACCUCAACGAUCAAUCUGGAUUCACCGUUGUCCUACCACAUUCAACUUCUGCAGCAAUCUACAGCAGUUCUGAGGCAUUUGCACUUCAUCCCUCAAGCAAGCACCUGCAGCAGAAUGGCAAGCAUCAUGGGAGGCUGGAAGGGGCUACGCGUUUUGGUGCUCUUUCAUGUUCUCGCGAGAGCGUCGGCGGGCGGGACAGUUUCGAUCAAUAUCAAAGACCUGGGCGCUAUCGAAGGGAUCCAAUCGCUGAACAUCCGAGGGAACUAUGAUGGGCAACUGUCCAAGGGCGUCAGUGGCAAGGCUUCGUACGUGUUGAACAAGGAUCGCCUCCUGCCGGCUGGUCUAAGCGCGUCAUCGAGCACGGACACCGCGUACGGAAAAGCUUUCGGGACGGUAACCGUUGACCCUCAGGAAAAGACGGCCGUAGUGGAAGGAUCGAUCCGGAACGAGGAGCUCGGGAUGUUUUCGACGACUUUGAAGGCGAGCGAGAAGGAGGGCGGCGUGCUUGGCCCGUUGAAGUGGACAAGCAACCCAGUGUCGUUUCCCUUCGCCUUGCAAGAAGCCACCCCCAUGGUGAUCGCCAUUGCUCACGACAUCAACACGAAGGAGGGCCACCUUAGCAUCGUGGCCAAGCUUAACAGCAACUUCGACGGGAAGCUGAUGCUCCCUUCUCAGGGAGAUCCGGUCGCAACAUUGGUUGGGUCGCACAGCCCGGACAAAGCUUCGGACGUCCGGGCUUCCGCGAACGUGCUGGACUUGGUGGGGUCGGGAUUCGGCAAGGGGGCGAUCGGCGUAACAUACCGACGCGACUUGGACGCUGGUGCGGGAUCGAGCUCGAGGGUAACGCUCGAAGGGAAGGACACUGGACACUGGUGACCUUGCGUUGAGCCUGAGCAAGUCCUCAAAGCGAAUGACGCUAAUGCUGUCCGGCAGGGGCCGAGUUGCCUGGAGAGGCGCGGGCACCGGAGUAGCGAGUACGGUCUCCUUCAGGCACAGCUUCCGGAUGUUUUAAUCUGCUUAGAUCCCUCCGACAAACCUCCGCUCUGUUUCGCAUGGUAGUGCAGUGCCCAAUGUUCGGCUGUAACGCCUAGGGGUAAUCGUACGAGGUUACAUAAAGGGUUUCCUUCGUUUGGGGCGCAAGUACUGUUUUUGGUGGUCGAGAGCAUCCGCACGUGGCGGUGGUCUGGUGUCGACGCUGUCUUGCAUACCGCCGUGAUUAUCCGGAUUUUGUUCCGUUGUUUGCGUCCUGGGGAUACUAGAAAAUGUUGGGGCAGGGUAAGUACGUUUGACUUUGUUGGUAUACGACAUAGUACCGACCAGCUCGCAAGAAACACGUACUUUGAGCAAGGCUAGUUGCUAAGUUGCGUAUUGGAGUUUGUGUGGUUGGGGCGGCUGAGUCAUUUAUUUCGCCGUUGUUCUUAUUUUUCCCAUAGUUUUGAGCCUCGAUUUACUGUGAGGAUGUUUAUUGCGAGCUUGCCUGCACUGGGCUUUGAUUUUGAUGUGUAUGGGCACAAGUCGACCGUAUUUUUGAGUUACGCGACUGCUGUCAAACUUGUCCGUGGUAAAGUGCCCACUUUCCGCUUGAGUAGUGAGGCCGUCGCUGCGUUCCUUUGAACAAGUGAUGCAAUGUGUUUUAUUCCGUGGAGUUUGGUGGGUUUCGAAGAAGCGUUAUGGCUAUCAAAUUGGUUUGCAUAUUGUAUAUACUAUGAAUCGCGUCCACUCGGUUUGCGAUGCCUCUUUGCUGCUCGACCUCCCUCCUCAUUGUGCCCCAUUCAGACCAAUUUUGCUGGUUGGACGGGAUAUAUGCUCUGUAUCAUCACAGACUGCCUUUAGAAGCGCGUUAAACUGAAAAUUUAACUCAAGAAAUUAUGGAGCAAGCAGAUCGUCCUACCACAGGAGAGAAGGCGCUGGGGCUGCUCUUCGACGUGUUUGUUGCCCUCACGCCGAGUAAGUAUGCCAUUUCACGGGGGGCUAUACGCACUAAUUAAU